AUUUUUUCAAGCGUAGUAGAGUGAACAUGUCGGCUUGAGGCAGGAGUGGCGUUGUGUCAGAGAACUCAUAUUUGCUCAGAAUGGACUUCCAGUCGGCCAUGGAAACUUUUGCAGAAGCAUGGGUCGCCGCUAACACACAGACGCCACUCACAGAGGCCGCGGAAGCACAGAGCCUGGCAGUGGUGCCCCCGAGCGCUGGUGUGGCUCCUCCUCCGACAGGCGGUGGAACGCCCUCCAGCGGGGGAGCUGGGGCGUCCGGGGUUGGGGGUCAGCCCGGUGCGCCCAGAGCCCCCUCUUCACCCCCGCCCUCGUCCCUGGCUGCCCACGGCUCGCCCGAGGAUCAGGAUCGCAGCAGCAGCAGCUGUGAGGCGCUGGCUCCCACCAGGCCACCCCCUCCCUCACUGGCCGGUCGACGAUCCGGGCCAGUACUUCCGGAAGCGACUCGGGCCUCGCGGGGAGCAACGAUUCCGCCCGUUAUUCGCGGAAGUGAGUUCCGUCACCGCGCGGUCUCGGGCAUCGACGGGGUGCGACUCGGUGACCUGAAUGCAGGACAGGCGCGCCUCGUGUGGGACCGCACCGUGGCUGCUGCUGCUGCUGCAGGCAAGACCCUGCCGGUGCACUGCGUGGUGGAGCGGGUGCCGAGCCCGCAGACGGACAGCCAGCAGCCGUCCGUCGAGGUGGACAGCUACGCGAUCGUGCCCAGCGCCGCCCUGUUCGCCGACCUGGUGCGCACCGCGCUCACCAAGCUCGGCUACUCGCCGUCGGAGGCCAUCUGCGCCAAAGGCGUGGUGCAGAUCAAGAACUGGAAGCCCCUGUCCUUCGACCAGAUCACCGAGCUGCCGGAGGCCACCGUGGGAGACAUGCUCAGCGACCUGGUGCAGGUGGCCACUCUCAGGAUACGCCUGUACAGCCGGCCCAAGCCCAACGUGGUGAACGACGUGAAGGAGAAGCUCCUUCAGGUGCUGCUGGCUCAGUCGCAUUCGCUGCUGCUGAGUUCUGGCUGCCCCAUCGACCAGACGACGCUAGCGGCUCUCAGCAAGGGCAAGGCCGAGUGGGAAAUCUCCGAGGACACACGCAAGAAGUUCGACCAGUGGUACCUGCACCAGGUGUUCCAGCACUGUCGCCAGGUGGCGCUUCUGCAGCACCAACUCCAGCAGCAGCACCUUCAGCAACAGCAGAAGCACGCCUCUCCGGUGGUGCCGCCGCCUCCCCGGCUUCUGCAGCUGAGCCUGUCCCAACCGCCUCUCCAGGCGCAGCCCCCGCCGCCUUCUUCCUCUUCUUCCGUCUCGAACGCUGCGCAACCCGUUAGCUUAAUCACCACGCCGCCACCAGCCGGAGCACCUCAGGGGACCCAACAGUCGCAGCAACAGCAGCAGCAGACCCAGCACCCGGUGUGUCUUCAACAGUCCCUGAGCGGCGGCGGCUGUUCCGCGUCGCGGACGCGCAUCCGCACCUCGUUCGACCCGGAGCUCGAGUUGCCCAAGCUGCACCGUUGGUUCGCGGAGAACCAGCACCCGUCGAGGCUCACCAUCCAGCAGUACGUGCGCGAGCUGAAUUCGCUGGACUCGCGUCGCGGACGCAAGCCCCUCGACGUGAACAACGUUGUGUACUGGUUCAAGAACGCGCGGGCGGCGCACAAGCGGGCCGAGCUCAAGCUCUCAUCCGGCGUCUCCACCGGCGCAACCUCAUUGGGUGCUGUGGGCGACGGCGGCCCGGCGUCUUCGACGCUGAGCAACGGCUUCCUGCCUCCGCUGUGGAGCCCCGCCUGGGACUGCGGUAUGUACUCUACGCAGGACUCGGAUGACGGGUUUCGCCAGCACAGGAACAGCAACGGCUUCUCUUCGUCCGCCUCGGCGCUCGGCGGCGCCGGCGAAGCGGCGACCAUGAUGAUGCACGAGGACUCGUUCGAAGACGACGACGAUUCGCCGCCGCCAAGCCCCGAGGCGACGCUAGACUUGUCGGUGCGCGGCCGCAACGGUGUCCUGGUCAAGGAGGAGCCCCGGGACUCGCAAGGGAGCAGCGACAUGGAAGAGGACGAAGGCGGCGGGGGCGGCGGAGUGGCGGGCGGCGGCGGCGACGAUACUCCCCAGGACAGCGACGACGACGAAUCGCGGUGCCAGAGCGGCGCGACGACGGCGUCCUCGGGGGCGACGUCGGGGUGUGCGGCGGCGCGCGUCGAUUCCCCGGGCGGGCUCCGCGACGAGCGCCGCAAGCGGAACCGGACCUUCAUCGACCCGGUGACCGAAGUGCCGCGCCUCGAGCGCUGGUUCGCGCUCAACACGCACCCUUCGCACGCGCAAAUCGUGCGCCACACGGACGAGCUGAACAGUGCGCCGUACAGGAAGCGGUUCCCGCGGCUCGAGCCCCGCAACGUGCAGUUCUGGUUCAAGAACCGCCGGGCCAAGUGCAAGCGGCUCGCCACCGCACAGCCACAGCGGCCUUCCUCCGCGUCGCCCAACCCAAAGUCCGCGGCGACGGGGGGCUCCGGCGGCGGCAUCGGUGGUGGCGAGACCGCUGCUUCUUCGGCGAGCGCGGCGAGCUCGCCCCGGGACGCGGGCGUCCGGUCGCCGCUGCCCCAGCAGGCGAGCGGCCAGUGACGCCGCAGGUCGCCGGGCGUGCUCGCCGUCGUGCGGGAGGACUCCUAGUCAGACUGCGGCUGGCCCCGCCCCCUCUACGCCGCGCGCGCAGUAACGCUCACCUGCUUGCUCGCUCUCUCUCUCUCACACACGCUCUGUCUCCCCCUCUCUCUCACGCUCGAUCGUUAGAACCAGCGACUACCCGAGGUAGUUAUGGGGUGGUGCUUAGGGCCACAUGCAAUCAAGCCUGUACCGAAUGUGAGAAAAGUCGCGCGGGAAGGUCCCGUUGGCCUUACGGUCCACCGUCUGGUAUCGCCGCUGCAAGGGUGUGUUCACACUGGAGUCGUCGGUCGCCGUGAACUUGGGCAUCGAACUUUAUGAAUCAGUUUACUCCAUGAUGGCAAGUUUGGUAGCUGAAGGCGGCUAAAGCAAGAAGCAUUUCCUUCAGAUUAAAUUAGAUUUUCCUUAGGGAAUAGCAGUUUUAGCACUUGCCAUGCACUCUGUCGCUUCUCUUUUCUAUACUUCGUAGCUUGUUGCAAUGAUUUCGGCUUGCCCUGUCGUAAUGGCAACAAGUGUUCUCCGGUGGAGCCUUCUGAGAUUGGCAGGGCCACACAAUCCACUUGUUCUAGCUUUGCUAGCCUUUAAUGUUUGCUCAUUUCACAGACUUCCUUGAAUCAUGGAGAGUGAUUUAGACUCCCAGAAGCUAUUGAUACCGACAUGCCUUUGCUAUGCUUCCACACCUCAGCUGUGAAUGCACCCUUAUUGUUUCCUUGUUACCUUGUAUUAGUUUUUAUUUACAUUCUGUGUAUAAUCGUUGUAGUGUACACACAGGCUGGUCAUCUAAGUGUGACCGAUUGCCCUCACAGCAAGUCUUUUGCCUGCAGCUUGGAUUCAUUAUUUAAUGGUGAAAUUGUGCGUUUCUCCUUUAUUAUUGAUUUUUUGCCUUCCUCAGCUCUUUGAAGUGGCAAGUGUGGAAAGAAUGAAAGAGGGGGCUGAAGCCAACUGAAACCUAUUUAGCAGUUAAAGCUUUCAUUUGUUGUAACAUAUAUAGCUAAUUUCUUACUUGCCUUUUUUGGCACUAAAAUCGAGGGGUGAGGUAGAGGGGAGCCUUAAAUUUUUAAUUUCGGCAUUUUAGUAAUAUUAACAUUGCAUGCAUCUAUCAUAUUUGCCUUCUGAAUGUCACCAACAUCGAUGCCAAUUUUACAUGGCUCGUAUAUUGUUUGCAAAUAGUGGCAGUCAGCUACCAAGUGCCAAGAUUAGCGCACUGACAGUUUGGUUUCCUUUAACCGAUACUGGCUCAGAGGACCCUAAGGUAGUAUUUUCAACUUAAUGGAUAUUGCUGCUUUGCUUCCUGUGUAAUGUGUAAUAUGCGUACAAAGCUCCUAUUUUAAGAGGAUAUUGUUGCAAAUAACUGUAAUCAUAAGUUUUUAGGGGUGCUUUUAAUUUUACCCUUAAAAAACAAGUUUGAUUAUGUCAUUUCGCAUUACUUUGUAAUGUUCUGCUGCCAGUUUUGUGACUGCAUGUUCUAGCUUUAACAACUAUGUCAUGACGCUCUCACUUUGCCCAGUAAUGCUUAAAUGAUGCACUUGGAUAUUGCGUAAGUUGCAUUAAUGUAACAGCCGCGGCACUAUACAAUCAAAAGCUAUCUUACUUUCAUUUGUUAGGCGUUUUUCCAUCAGCGUCGUAUUUCACUGUAACAGCAAUAAGCCUUUCCUCCUCUGUGAAUUUCUGCAGUGUUUGUCCACUCAGUUCUCCGUUGAUGGGAACUCUGUGGUGCAGUCUAUGCAACUUGACGAAGGGUCAGAGGAAACAUAUUGACAUUUUGCAAUAAUUAAAAAUGCCCAUAGAAAGAAACAGUAACCCUGUUACAGGCCUACAAGCUGCUGUUACUUGUAUUCGGCAGUUGCAGCAGCCUCUGUUGAGGUGUCAUGCUCCCCUUUUAUGACAUGACGGUUUUAAGGCUCAAACUUGUCCCACUUUUGUGUUAGAGUUGUGUUUUGCAAUUUGGUGAGUUGGUGUGUGUUAUUGUAGCUUUCAGUGUUGCCGGCUUCUGCUCACACUACCACCACAUCAUUUCAUGGAAGCAGGAGAGCAAAGAAUAGUGUCUUCUGUAUCAGGAUUUGUGUUAUGAGGCCAUCUUCUAACCUUCAUUUUGUAGCGAGCAUUAGGAGCCGAAAGGACUUCUUGUGUCCAUAUUAGUCUGUCAUGUAACUUUUAGUUCAGGUCCUAGUUUGAAGAUGUGGCUGCCUAGUGUUUGUUAUGGGCCGCAUAGUUCACAGGCAAGGAAGUAGUUUAAGCAUGUUGCACCUUGAGCAUGGCCAACUAGAUUUUAUGUGGGUUUACGUUUGAGAGAGGGAGAAAGAAAUGGACAACAUAGUUCGUUGUGGACCGCCUCUUCUUCUGCAAAGAGAUGCCCCCUGUUCGAUUUUUCAGAGCAUGGCUAGUUCCUUCUAGGGGUGUGCAAUACAGAAGCAACACUCAUUGCAGCCUUAAUUUUUUUAUCCUCACUUUCAAAAUUUUAUUUGUGGGCAUAGAUUUCAUUUGUUUUCUUCCAUAAAUGUUGUCCGUGGAAAUCGUGAGGUGUCCCUGCUCACAGAGCUACGACUAACCAAUCACUGGCCUUCUUGUGUUCCUCGUAAAUCUACUUGUUUCAAGAGCUUUACUUAUCCCCGAUUGAGCAUCUGCAUGUAUGACUGUUUUCUUUAUCAGUUUCCCCAUCUGUAUUGAUUUCCAUGUUCAGCACUCCAUGCACCCUGAAUAUCACAAGGCUACAGGUUCCUUCUGUUCAUUGGUUUGGGAUCUCUCUUCUGUGGUAGUCUGUGUCACUUGCGAGUUUUUUUUACCUGUCCCUACACAUAGUAUUGCAGUUUACGGUGUACCGAAACAAUGGAGACCUGGGCGCAAGCAGUUGCGCUGGUGGCGUCAUCUUGCGGCAGUUCGUUGAACCAAAGUGUGCCAGAAACGUUCUUUGUUUCAUUUUUCCACGCCGUUCUCGUCGAAGGAAACAAAACGAAACUUUACAUUCCCUACUAUGCGGCUGCUGACGCUUCUACGGAAGAUGCUGUGUAGCGCAUAACCCUUUAUUGCGAUAAUAGUUUUGGGCACUCGGGUUCAACGCAUCGUCACCGCCACCUGCUGCUGCUCUCGCCUGCGGCUCCUGUAUCCCGUAAAUGGCAAUACACAUGCGCAGUAGGGUUCGAACACUAUAGUGUGCGUUGGUGAUUCCUGGAAGAAGCCUCUGUUCUUCAGUGGGCUAAGCUGGUGGCACCUGGUGGUGCCAAUCCUUUCCUGUGCCCGUGGUCUCCGAGUCUUUAUGUCUGUAGUACUUCAUGCCAGCGGGUUCUUCUUCCUCAGGUCGCCCUGGCCAAACGUUCGUUUGCUUAUACUCUCGUUCUACACUAUUGAUGUGUGCGUAUUUGUUGGUGUGACAGGUUCGGAAUCCGCUUGCCUGUUGCGAGUUCUGUUCCCCUUUAUGUCCGCUCAGGCGACUGUUUUCGUAGGCUUUCCGAGUACUCAUUAACUUGUCUAACCGUGUCUUCAGUUUCUUGGCGUUCGGUUUGUGUUAUCCAUGUUGCAGCGUCUUUCAACUGGCGUUGUGGGUUCAUUCGGAAGUCGGCAAUAUACACGUGCGCUGCCUUUCCGGGACGAUAUUUACGACGGAAAGAGCAGUUUUCGCGCUUGCUGAAGUCCUUCGACUUCCGCGCACAAAUCGGUCGCUUCUUUUUCGAUUAUCGAUCGCGAUACCAAAGGCUUGAUUUAGGCAGCGUCACCGAUAUGAGAAGUUGUGCUUGGAAUUCACUGUAUCGCCUCGUUUUUUUUUUUUUAAUUUUAGCUGCGGCGCGUAUAUUCUACAGAAUGUUGAACGAGCUCGCUUGUUACUGUCAUAGAUAGCUGCUUGCUCACAUAUGUAUAGGUAGCAAAAUGUGCAUGUAGUGCAAGUAAAAGCAGGGAUAUGUAAACGAAUUCCCCAUAUCUCCGCCCUUUCAAGAUUGUUUAGCAAAAUCCUUUGCAGUUUUCUUUCACCUAAUAUGUUUGCCGAUUUGGAGCUGCGGCUUAUACAAAGGCAUCUUCAUAUGUCUAUAUAACAGGGCGUUCUCACACUCUGCGCCAAAGAUCCUGUUUUCGAGUUUUAUAUAUUAUAUAUAUUUUUUUCGUCACACUACACAGCUCAGACUCUGAAGUUUAACCACAUCUAUCACUUUCCGCCAUGUGAAAGUAAAAAAAUUGGCGUCCACCCGAGCGUGGCAGGAAUCCACGUAAAUAACCACGUUCGGCUUUUUCAGAGAACAAGCUUGGCGGUUGAAUAAAUGUUGAUUAAAUCAAUAAAAUAAACAUAUAAAUGGUCCCGGGGGCGGAAACCGGGGCGAACACCUUUUCGAGGCGGUCGCUCUACCGUCUUGAGAUAACCAGGAGGCUAUAGCCGAUCGCAGGGCGAAGCCGGAUUCAUCGGCAACCCGCAGCACGGGGACACUGAAUGUGGCAAGUAUCCCGAUAUGCAGAAAAGUGCGCGUGGUCCAGGCGAGAAAAAAAAUUUUGAAGGACGCUUAAACUUCGCCUUUAAGAGGGGAACCCGCCAGCGUUCAAGGACCCCUUACUGCUUUUCAUGCUUUCCGGCAACUGCAGCUUAUGUAACCGUAAUGUGCACAGGAAAACGCUGGCUGCAAACGCUAUGCACGAAGGCGAGCUUUCUGGUAGAAACGCGGCCUCUUGCGUGGGUCGAUCUCCCGUUAUUGUUUCGCACUUUUAGUAUUUCACUCAGAGAAGAGCUAACAUAAAGGACAUGUGCUGUCGGUGUUUUAUUUUUUCCAUUACAUUUGUUUAUGGGCUGCCGUUCUCGAAAUUCCAAGGAAUAACUCUGUAAAGCAUGAAAGACAAGGUGUGAGCAACUUUGGUGGUAGAGAAGCGGUUGGGUAUGCGUGGUUCGAAAUUUGGAUUAGGAAUUAUUUUUGCCGAGGCGACGCUGGACGCCGACGCGGGACGUCGGCGCUGGAUUUUGCGCAACGCGGGCCGUUAAAGAGACUAGCCAACGCACUAUGCUGGUCAGCCCUAAGCUAAAAGCUUUUUUGGGUAGUGUAUGUGAACACCGCUUUGGUUCCAUCACGUGUCAGGCCUCUCGGAUGCGGUAACCAGCUUGCGACCAAGCACCUAUCGUAGAAUGCGACUGGGUUAGCGUCCGCAUGAAGCUGUUUCCCUUCACGCUACGUAGAUAAAGCAGAAGCGUUUCAUUGCCACCAGCAAACGUGGGGCUUAACAAACUUCCCAAAGCUGGAGGAGGGACACCGUGGUUAGGGUCUCCGAGUUCGUGCUCCGAGUAGCAGGGCGUGAACUUGUGAACCGUCAUGGCACGCUUAUGGAGCGUUCUGCACAACUACGCGUCUCGAAAUGUCGUUCAUCGUCUGCAGACAAUCAGCGGACGAUUAAUAUUACGCCUAAAGUAGAAACUCGGACUCGGAUUUGUAGAGGGUCACUUAGACCCAUUACGUUACAUUUUUAACCCUUGACUAUGGUAGGUCCCUAGGUUACGACGAAAAAAUAAAAUCUUGUGAGACGAAACAGCCCCGUAAUUUGUUCCUACACAAUUUGUACGUAUGGGCAAGCUAAUCAAUUCAUAAGAAUUGGGGGGGGGUCAGCAAAGGCAGCUUCCCAUUCGAUCACAAACUCUGGUGUAUGAGCAGCCCCCACCCACAGGGCCUGCCGGCGGCUAGUGCCGUCGCGUAGUGGCGGCUUCAGAAACUUUUGGCGAAGCGUGUGCCAGUGUGGUAAUCGCUGGAUUGAAACCACCGACUCCGAUUUUCUCGGAACAGCGUUUCCGCAAGCUUUUUGCUACAGCGCCCGUAGCGAUUUCGAAUUGGCUCCCAAUGUAUAGGAAAGUGAGUUUCCUGUCCUACGACACUGUUGUGUUGUAUUCUUCAUCGCUUUUUUUUUUUGACGAAGGGCAGAGUGCAUUCUCAUAUCGGUGACGUCAUCGGCGUUCGGUCAUUGCUUCCUCUCCGCCGUGUACAUUUUACCGGCCCGAAGCUCGCCCGUGCUACCUAAGGGACUAAUGCCUUAUUAUGCCGCUUGACACGGCCGCAAGCGCAAUAACGUACUGCGUGUGUGUACAUACACUUCGUCUGUAGUAGUCCUUGCACCUUUCGUUAGAGAAGUACGUGCGUUGCAUGCUUUAUACCGUGCCCGUGUUUCUCAUGUUGAUGGGCGUUUUUGAUUCUCGCGCGUUCUUACUAUUUUAGCGCCUGUCGUAUAGUUCCUCGGGAAUAGGGUUAGAUGACGGUUAGAUACGGCAGGGCGAGUCCCAGUGUUUCAUUUGCGUGGGCGAGGUUUCUGACGUCACCGAAGUUAAUACGUAGAAGGCUGCGCGAAGCGCGAGCCUCUUUUAGACGCUCGUGGCUUGCCGCCGCUCAAUAGCAGAAUGGUCGCCCGUUCGACUCCCGUUAAUGGGGCGUUGCGACCGGGCUCAGACGUAGCAGAAGCGCAGGAAAGCCCACGUUUUAAGAUUGCGUUUCGCAUUGUAGAGUACCUAGGAAGUGAAAAAAGUCGCGCUGGCGUCCGUUCUUGGCCUUUGUGAAUGUUCCGAACACCGCCGACUGAUCCAUACGCUGGGACUCGCCGCUUUUUUUUUUUUUUUUUCGUGAAGGAUGUGAUCGAAGUACGAUGAUGAAUGCACUGUCCCGGUGAUGUGUUUUACAUUGUUUAUUUUUUGCUGGUCACUGCAUUGCUGGCUGUUUGUGAUUGUGGAGCUGGGAGAGAGAGGGAGUUUCUUUUGUGUGUGCGUGUGUGCGCGUCCCAGUGUGACCGUUGACUUUAUUUUUGUGCACGCCUGCGAUCAAAUGAGCAGGAUGGCAGCCAGCGUGUUUUAGCUGCGUCCUGUCGCACUGCUCUAAUACCGGUGACUUCGUAAUUUGUUUUGUACAUACACUCGCAUUGUAUUCCUUAUUUACGCGUUUCGGUGUUACGAGGAGGAAAAAAAAAAGCUGGUGCAGAGCUGAAGAGAGAGAGAGAGAGAGAAGCGGAGAAAAAGAGGGAGAGAGAGCAAUACAUCACCUCGAGUGCGUAGCAAGCUGUUUGACUGAUGUAAAUACAUUGUGCGUUGGCGGCAGUGGAGGACAUAACGGACUCAACGGACACACAUACAGACACUCAUGUCAAUAUAACAAAGCACACGUAGUCGCCUCAUUGGCCGAAAACAAAGCGAGCCUAAUGACUAAAAGCAAUAACUCUAUAGAAGGGCAAGGUGUAUAGAACCGUAAUAACGCGUACCGCGAGGUGGCGCCACUCGUUAUUUUUUAUUCACGACCUCUCUGUGCUCGUGUGUGUAUCGUCGCGACGCUAAAGCCACCGCGUGCAAGCGGGAAAGCCGCCUUAAAGGGGCCCCCUGUCGCCGAAUUCGUGGUGACGCGUGGGAAUGGUGAGGCUUCAGCGACUGAGACACCAAAAAGACCGCCGCUGGAUCAGGUGAAAGUUGUUAUGUGAGUUCAUUCGUUGAAACAGCAUGGAUUACUAGUGGGGAAUGGGAAAGAGGAACUGAAUCCUCCUCAUUAUCAUUAUUAUAUUUAAGGUUAAGCGCCGGAAAGUCGGCACCUCCACGUCAUCGGGUCAUCACGGAUUUCAGCUAGCUGUUACUCGGCCCGUUUUUACGCAGGAAAAGCGCUCUUAGCUGCGUCUUUGGUUUCUUUAGAUUGCAAUGUAGUCCUCCUUUACAGGUGAGCAAUUUAACUAGACCCGAGUAGCGGCUCUCAAAAUUCGAUGACGUGAAGGCUAAGCUAGUGGUGCAGGAAUUUCAUGGCGGCGUCACCACCCGUGUUUAGUGUUCGCGUCCUUUCUUUUUUUCUCUCUCUUGUUUUUUUUUGUUGCUUACUGUAAGCUUGCUCUCGCGGUCAGCGCGGCCGCUUUGCUACUACAGAAGCGUAUUUUACCAAUACGGCGCAACAUCAUUGUUCUUUACGGGGGGCCCCCUUUAAGCUUGGCUAUAGCGCUGCUGCCGUGACCGAUUUCGGGUCGCCUUCCGUGCGACGGUCUGCUGGAUUCGCUGGCUCGGUCUGUCGCGAUUCUCGAGACCACUUGACAUUUGUUCGCUUGGAUGGUUCGCAGCUUGGCGUGACAAUCCAGCGCGCGUGUGACGGAAGACGGGAGAACACAGAGGCGGCGUGAGAGUCGGCGUUAGUGCCGUGUGUUUGUCAGCUUUUACGACUGGCGCCGAUAGUCGUUGCUGUGUCCUUGUAAGCGUUUACGGCUACCGCUGGCAGUCAGCAUUUUAGUCCCGUCUUCGCCAGCUCUAGCAACGUCUCGGUGUUCUUCAGUCUUCCUCCCAGUCUCGGACGCUAUUGGCUGGCACAGCCUUGACGCCAGCGAAACGCGCGUGAAGAGACGAACCGUCAACUACUAUACAUCCUGCUUUGGGGGAGAGGGCGGCUGUCCUGGCGGUUCGGUUAAGGCGAAGCUUACGCACGAAGAUGGCAGUUCAAGUGCUCCUCGUAUUGCCAUCUCCGGUUACGGCCGCAGUAGCUGCGAACGCGGUUUGUGUCAUAUACGUGAUCCCGCUUGUUACGCGUGUUCGUGGCGAGCGCGCGAGUUUAUCAUUACUACUUUUUUUUUUCUCUUUUUCUGCUGGACACAAUACCGGUGCUGGUGCGGCCUGUUCGCUUCGCGGGCCACCUCUGAGACAGUUUGCCGUCGUAAACACUUUUUCCUUUUUCGACGCGGGCACAUUGUGUGGACUUUGAGAUGCGCGCGUUGCGUCGCCAAAGAAGUGCACUGCCUCGGA